AUGGUUAAACGUACCAGGGACGAUGAAUCUAGUGACUAUGUCGGCGCUGUUGAGUUUGCUGAUGAAGUUACUGAUGCUGUUGGCGUUGAUAGUAGGGUUGUUGCGACACCAAAUUUAAUAUCCGAUGGUGAUGUCGAAUGUUUAUAUUGCGAGUCAAGAUUUCCAUCAUAUCCUGCAUGUGAGAUUCAUGUGAUGAUGGCACAUCAAAACACUUGUAGUUCAUGUGGCAAGGUAUUUCCUACGGAUUAUAUCCUCAAUUUACACAUUGACGAACAUCAUAAUGUGCUACUUCAAAUGAAGAUGGAAAAGGGUGAUGCUGGUUUGCAUUGCUUUGUAGAACAAUGUCGUCACAUGUUUCACACAUCAACUGAAAGAAAAUUCCAUUUGAUUUCUGAGCAUUACUACCCUGCUGAUUAUCCAUUUUCCAUUACUGAUAAAGGUAUAUAA